AUGGGAGUAGUCAUUGAGAGCUCCGUUUGGGAACCAAAUCCAUCCAUAUACAUCUUCAUCUUUGUUUGUUGCUGCUUCUUGAUCUUUCUUUUCCCUCACGCCUCUAGCCUCAACAGAACGUCCACAAUCUUCGACCAUGGAACUUCUCACUCGUUUCACCGUUUCCAGCGGAACUUCCUCUUCCUCUAUUCUCUCGCAUCAGUAUUGGAAGGUCUAUGGUCAGUGUUCGGGGAAUAUGAAUUAGCUUCGUAUGGAAUCGGCAGGGAAGAUAUGAUUAAGUCUCUGUGUUAUGGAUAUACAACAGCUCUCUUUGCUGCUCCUUUCCUUGGCGUGCUUUCGGAUUUGAUAGGCCACAAGAAAGUUAGUUUAAUCUUUUGCAUGCUACACUUCUUUUUUGGCGUAUGGAAGAGGAUUGCAGAGCAGCCUAGCAUAUUCAUGACUAGCACAUGUCUCUCUAUGGCCAACACAAUAUUUUCAUUUAGUUUUGAGAAUUGGAUGGUCAAUCAACAUGAAAAGCAAGGGCACAGGCUUGAUUCACUUAAUGACACAUAUUGGUUGAUGUCUUUCUUUGAGUCCGCAUGUUUUAUUGCUAGCCAAGUGUUUGCAAAUUGGCUGAUUGGUAAUAAUACCGAAAAAAGCACUGGUCCUUCAUCUGUUGUUAUCUUUUUAGCUGCCACAUGCUUCACUUUUAUCACCAGAGGAUGGACAGAAACUCCUCGAUUAUCAUCUCUUAAGGAGUAUAGUUGCUCCUUCUACGCAUACAUAUUAGGUGAUAAAAGGAUAUGGUUGUUGGCGUGGGCACAAACUUGCCUUCACUUCUCUAUGGGAAUUUUUUGGAUCCUUUGGGCACCUACAGUGGUGGCCGACGGGCGAGAAGUGCAACUGGGGUUGAUAUAUCCAUGCUUUCUGGGCUCAAGAAUGAUAGGAAGCACAGCAUUUCCGUGUCUCACUAGUAGGCCAUCAUCGCUCAGAACUGAGGACUGCCUAGUUUAUGCAUACAUUACAUUGGCUCUUCUCCUGUCUAUUGUGGCCUAUGACUAUCAGGAAAUUGGUGUUCUGGUGAUACUCUUUUGCUUAUUUCACGCUUGUGUUGGGUUUGUUUUGCCAUCGCUUGCUAGAUUGAGGACCAUGUAUGUGCCUAACGAAUUGCGUGGAGGGAUGAUGGGCUUCUCUCUUGCCCCUGCGAAUGCAGCUAUUCUGCUUUCUGUGGUGCAAGGUGGCUAUUAUCGGAAUGUUGGAAAUGCAGCAUUAAUGGCUCUUGGUGUGUUUGGUUUACUGCUAGCAGCUGGUUGCAUGCAUGCCCUGAAGCAAUGGGGGAAGCAACCGUAUAGCAACUGGCACAAGCAGUGA